AUGGGGGAGUACGUAGACGAUUCGGAUUCGGAAAGCAGCUCAUCAUCCGAGGUUUCUGAUAUGCAUUACGCCAAGGGUGUAAUGACGAUCGUCUACAUUGCUGUGUUCAUAAUUGGAACCCCUGGGAAUCUGUGGAUCAUCUUCAAACUUAUUCAAGCCAGACUUCUAAGCAAAGUCACAGUUGGGUUGACCAUCUCGCAGCGGUCAAGGAUUUACAUCUUUGCCCUCGCCUGCUCUGAUCUCGUUUUAUUGCUCACAUUACCGCUCACCGCCAGUUAUAAUUACAAAGGAACAUGGAUCUUCGGAGAAUUCAUGUGCUACGCUCAUUUGACGAUAGAAAUUGUCGCCAAACUCUUCUCCAUCGUCUUGCUUACCGUGAUGAGUCUCGAGCGAUACUUCAUCGUUUGCACAAGAUUGAGGACGGCUUGCGAUUCAUGGAUGACCACCGUGCCAUUAGUCGUUGGCACGUUGUUCUGUGUGGUAGUGCCGUCCACGUUCCAUUUCUUUCACAUCAUCCAUCAUCAAUUCACCAUUCCGGGAAUGGAACAUAUCACCGUGUGUAUCCCGAAUAUGGACGAUCACGUCUUCAAUAUGUAUGCACAGUAUACGUUUGUCGUCGGCUUUGUGGUACCAUUCUUUCUGAUGACCGUCUGCUACAUCCUUCUUGUUCGCCACGUGCGAGCUAAAUUCAAGAACCGAAAAGUUGCAGUGAGCUCAACAAAGACACUUCGUGAACCGCGAUACAUGCAUGAAAUGCGCAAGUCCAUCUGGCGGAUAGCAGUGUUCCAUUUCGUCUGUUGGGCACCAUUCUGGGCGUUUGCCAUCGUGCCGCACUAUAUCGCUCAGCUUUGGGGCCACGCAUUUCUCGAGCGAUUACCUGGAUGGUACAUUUAUUGUCGCUUGUUCGCCAACUGCCUUCCCUACAUUAAUGCAGCCGGUAACUGGAUACUGUAUGCCGUACUGAAUAAUGAUGUGCGGAAGCACAUUUAUAGUAGGCCACAUCAACGUUUUCUAUUCACUUCAAUCUCGACGGUGUAG